CGAUGUAAACAGACAAGAUUGGAUUCGGAAUUUUGGGACAAUCCAAUCUCAAUCUAAUGCGACGAUGUAAAUGGCCUCAUUGACAUGAUUAUUAAUCUUGUUAUUAAUAAUAACUCAACCCUCGGAAUGGAGUGAUCGUCAAUGGAUAAUCGUGAUCAGGAAGUGGCCAAACAUUCGGUAUACAGCUCCGAAAAUCUUUUCGGCUCAUUGCUUGUGAUAGCCACUUCGGCUCUUACCUCUGCGUACGGCGAAAUUUUGACGCGUUUUUUCACGGUCUCGCUGGUUGUGCACCUUCACCCAUUUCUCCGUGUGAUUUUCCCGAGAAGUGACUUGCGAGAAUGGAGGUCGAGGUACUAUUUGCCCAUAAUUCCAAGUUGGUGACAAAAUGCCAACUCCAGCCCAAUUCGACGGUGGCAGAGGUCAAGAGGCAGGUCUACAGCGCCAAGAAAUCCCUCAACGUGGACCGACAGGCUAUCAGGCUGUCCGAGAAGGGAAAAUCUCUGCGUGACUCUGAGACCAUGCAAUCCCUCAGCAUUCGGGAUGGGAGCAAAUUGUAUGUCAAGGAUCUAGGACCCCAAAUAGGCUGGACCACAGUUUUUCUGGCUGAAUAUGCUGGACCUCUUCUGGUGUACCUGUGGAUCUACCAGAGACCAUGGAUCUUCUACGGAGACACCCGGGCGCCAAUUCAUCAAACAGUCCACAUCGCAGCGGCUUGCUGGACAUUCCACUAUGCCAAGAGAUUGCUGGAAACGAUCUUUGUGCACAGGUUCUCCCAUGCAACGAUGCCCCUGAGGAAUCUCUUCAAGAACUGCGCCUACUACUGGGGCUUCACAGCUUAUGUGGCUUACCAUGUUAAUCAUCCCCUGUACACAUCACCCUGCACAAUGCAAGUUUACGCCGCAUUGGCUGGUUUCCUGAUUAGCGAACUGGGUAACUUCUCUGUUCACAUCAAUCUGCGCAAUUUGCGUCCUCCAGGAACGACAGUGCGCAAGAUUCCUCGUCCUGAUGCUAAUCCCUUGACGGCUCUCUUCAAUUUUGUCUCCUGUCCCAAUUACACUUAUGAAUUCCUGUCGUGGCUCUCCUUCUCCCUCAUGACCCAAUGCCUCCCAGCGUUGGUGUUCACAGCUGCUGGCAUGUACCAGAUGACAAUGUGGGCCCUGGGCAAGCAUCGGAACUACAGGAAGGAGUUCAAGGAGUAUCCUAAGCAAAGGAAGGCAAUCCUGCCUUUUGUGCUGUAGACUUGAGAGGGAUGGGAUUUUUAAGGCGAUUCCAAAGGAUUUGGGUUACUUUUUUUUUAGUGGGGCUCUUUUUUAUCUCGAGAAUAUUCAGGAAUUUUCUGGUGUUUCAUUCUUGCCACUAAUUAUUCUUCAUUCCAUUCAAUAAAACUUUUUUUGUUAGUGAAAGACAA